ACAAAAUAAUACUUCAUUCUAUUUGACUUUAUUAAAAAAAUCUUUAUACAAAUAAUAAAUUUACCACAGAUAUUAAGAAAGUCAUACUUCAAUAUGAAAAUAGUAUUAAAUCGUCUUAGAGAAGAAGAAACUUUUGACUGUAAUUAUUUUGCGCCAAGGUAUUAUUUUGAAACAGAAUGGUGUCUUGAUAUGCAUGGUUAUAUUGACAGGGAGGAAUUAGAUGUUCGUCUUGAAGAAAUUAAUAGAACAGUCGCUGAAAACCCACUACUGAGUCAAAGAGCGAAAAAGGGUCUUUUAUAUGUUUACGGAACUAUUUCCUUUAUUUUGCUUCUGUUUUUUAUCUAUGCCGCUUCACUUUUUGGUCGUGUUAUUGCUCCCUCCAUUGUAUCAAUUAUCAGUACUAUCGCUUACUUUGGGGGUAAAUAUUUGGUCGACGAAGAAGCAAAACGUCGUUCAGGAAGAUUUUCUGAUGCUUUUAAACUAUUGUUCGAUAAAUAUAAUGCCACUGAUAACCCAACUGCCAAUUGGAAACUCAAGUGGCGUAACGUCCUCACUCAUUAUAAAGUAGAAAUAAAUUAUACCCUUGAAAAUAAUAAUAGUGCUAAAGGCAAGGGAAAGAUAACGCCAAAGUAUGCUGAGGAAGCUGAAAUAGAGCUAGAAAUUAAUGACGCCCUCGCUGAAAUUACCGAAUGUACCAUCCGUUUGCACCUUUAUAGAAAUAAUAAACUUAGAAGAAUUACUAAACAGCAAGAGGAACUUGAGAGACUUCUUGCAUCAAACGAGGACUACUCAGUUAUUAUCGAUGAUAAGAAAUUGCCUAAAACUCCUCCCUCUAAUUACAUACCUGCACUCCAACCUGACAAUACGCCUCCAUUUAACAAUACACCAUCUUCCAACAAUACUGAGAUUUCAAUACCCUCUGUGAGGAAUACUAAUUCAUAUGAAAGUUUGAACUCUAAUAAUUAUGCUAAUCCUCUGAGAUCGGCUAAUUCUUCGGUUUCCUAUAAUCUACAGAUGAGCUCUACAUAUACUGUCUCUUAUACACAUCUAGAUGUGUAUAAGAGACAGAACUAA